AUAUAAAAUUAAUAUCAUAUUAAGUUAUAUCGUUAAGCCGCGGUCGCUGCAGUCACAUUUUUUACGUGACGCCGUGCCGAUCGCGAGCACGUCUGUCGCAACGAAAGCUUUCGUUUGAAAACCACGCGAGUCCCAUACACGAAAAUCGUACAAAUGAUUGUCAAUUUAAAAUAUUUCAAAAAACAAUGGUCGGACUUUCCCGCGUUCGGAAUCUCGUCGUUUAGAGUGACGAACCCGGAUCUCCGCAAAACUCUGUACACGUUGACGGCUUUGCAGUUGUGGUUUCAAUUGUUUUCUAUUAUACUGUUGGUCAUCAGCAGCGUAUUAGAAUGGUAUAUCAAAAAAGACGGCAAGACUUCGGAUCAUCAAUGGAUCGGUUAUGAUCAGUUAUACUUUAAUACCUCGCUGCUAUUCCAAAUAUGUGACGUCAUAUUGUCGAUGUACGCGAGUUAUCAUUUUCUAUGGAAUGCCACGACCCGAUACAAUAACAUACAAGACGUCAGGAUAUGGAUAAUCGUCAACAAUCUUUAUAUUUUGUCGACGGUAGCGUGUUUUCUAUUCGUAUGGUUCAAAGUUGGGAGUAUCGUAAUAUGCAUUAAAUCGAUGAUCAUAUUGACGUUUGCCAAUUACAAGAUAUACAUCGUUCAUAAGAUAUACAAAGACGAAAAAUCGUCAUACAUUUUUUUAGAACAAGGUCAAUCGCCAAUACCUAAUUCACAAAAAUCUGUCGACGGAUACGAUCUGUAUUCUCAGAAUUACGACACCGUGGAAUUUGAAGUGGAAUCGUCUGAAAAAUUCACCUUCGGAUCACUUCCCUAUACGGUGAAUCAAUAACUGCAGAUAAUAUACAUAUCUAGAUGGUCAAGGAUGGUCGCAGAAAUGUAAGCCAUGUAGGGAAGGCAAAGUAAAAACUUUUUGAUAAAACAGUAUUACCAUAUUUUUUUUACAAGUGAUAAAACAUUCAUAUUGGCUAAAAAAAUAGAGGGCAUGCKCCUUGUGGACGAUUAUAUCUAGAAGGUCUAGAUGGUUGUCGAAAUAUUACAAAUAUAUAAACAAUAUACAUAUAUAAUAUGUAUAUAUAAAUAUAUUGAUAUUAAAAUAAUGUUUC